UUUAAGUUGGGAUUUGGGUUUAUGUAACAAGCAAAAGUAAUAAUAAUACCUAUGUAAUACCUCAGUUAUUCGCAUGAUGGAGCUGUAAAAACAGUAAUAGACGUUUAAGACAUCGUCAACAUCCGGCGACACGUCUGCCCUCAGUCAGUCUGUGUAACACAAUCGUUAUGCUUGUUUUAGUCGUGUCCAGAAUUACUUAUAAUUUAAAAGCAAUUUAAAGGUUAAUUCCGUGCAUUUGACACUUCAGUGAGUCCGUUUAAAAGACCGUUUUUAAACUGUGUUAGCGCCAGCGCCGUGCUGCAAAUGGGGGAGGUGAGGAAGCUGCAGAAGAAGUUGAGACAGAUUGAGAAUCUGGAAAUAAAAAUCAGUCUAACCCCAGAGGAGAGAUUUAAGAUCUCCAGGAAGGCGGAGCUGCGUUCCAGAUUGGCUGAGCUUCAGCCGCAGCGUUCUGGCCCGCAGCAAACUCUGGGGAUUGUGGGAGACGGAAAAAAGGAGAAGAUGAAAAGACAAGUAGAAGAUGCUCCUGAGGCCAUUCCACCACAAACACCCCCUGCCUCAAAGAUCCUGAAGGGGGACAAGAAGUUCAAGAAGCAGGCGUCACCGUCACCAGCUGUCAGACGGGAGGAGACAGCGGUGGACGCAGAGACGGGCCGAGAAGACCGGGAGUCAGAUCAGAGCCCAGACCCGACAGGAAGCUCUCCACACGAGCAGCAGCUACGACAGGAAGAAGCUGAGUUCACGUCCCUCAGAGCAUCAUGGGAGAAGGCGAAGUUUCGCUUGCGGCCGUUGGAGGGACACAACGACAUCGUCACGUGUGUGGUCGCUGUCGACAACCUGGUGAUCUCUGGAAGCCGAGACACGACAGUGAAGGUGUGGCACGUCCCCACCGCAACAGAGCAGAAGAACCUGGGGGGCCACACAGGUGGGGUCACCUGUCUCUGUGCCCCUCCCCCAGAGUACUGCAGGAGGCUGGCGAGGUCCCUGUCUCUGUCCGACAAGGAGCGGUUUAUUUUGAGCGGCUCGGCGGACUGCUCUGUGAAGAUCUGGGCGUUGAACAUCGGCCAGUGUGUUAAAUCCAUCUACACGUUCAACUCGGUGACGGCGCUCUGCUUCGUGUCCAUGGGCGACGGCUACAUCGUCACUGGAUCAGACGGGGGGAAGGUUCAAGUCUGGAGCUGGCAGACUUUUGAAAACUGCCAGUCAAUUAACUCUCACCAGGAAGCAGUCACCUCCAUCCAGACUCAAGGUCCGCUGGUGUUCAGCGGCUCAGCUGAGGGGGGGGUGUCUGUGUGGGAGAACCAGUGUUGGGAUCGUGACCCCCUGAGGCUGCUUCACCACUGGCCUGGUCAGGUGACGGGCUGUGGAGGGGGAGCGGGGGGGCGACUGACCCUCAGCCCACGGGGGGACAGAGUUUUCCUGGCCUACGGUCAAGCCUGGCUGAAAAUCCUUCAGUGGAGAAACGGAUCAACAUCCAGGCUGACCAAUCACAGCAGCAUCACCGGAGUAACAGAUUGUGUCCACCAGACAGGAGGCCUCCUAAUUGGCUCCUGCUACGAUCUGACAAACGGGGAGAGCACACUCAACUUGUUCUCUUUACCCCAGUGUCGCUACCUGACCUCUCUGACCUGGCCUGAGUCUCCCAGAAUGCUCUGCUUUGCCACGUGGACCACAGGGAGUGGGGACCACCGCUGGGUAACGGGGGGCCGCAGCCUCAUCGUGUGGGAGCAGCUGUCCAGUUCUGGGAGGCAGAGGGGUGACGUCACCGUGAGGAGGGACAGUCGGCUGGACUGCUGUCUGGAAUCAGAGGGAGAAACAGAAGACGACGAUGAGACGGACGGUUACGACCACGACCACGACCACGACGACAGCUGUGACGACACAGACGGACGGUGUGAUGGCGUGGAGGACGGUGGGUCCACUUCCUGGUUGCGCUGCGUUCUCCAGUGAGGAGCGGAGGAUACCACGGCCCGCAGUCAUGAAGAGGAAAUGAGAGGGAGGGGGGUGAGGGGGGGUGAGGUGUUGGGGGGAGCAUAUGGAAGCAGAAGCGAGC